AUGCCGAAGGACACCAACAAGGCGGCGAAGAGCCACUCAACCCCCAGCCUCUCAGCCCUCAGCCACUCAGCCCUCAGCCACUCAGCCCCCAGCCACUCAACCCCCAGCCACUCAACCCCCAGCCACUCAGCCCUCAGCCACUCAGCCCUCAGCCACUCAGCCCUCAGCCACUCAACCCCCAGCCACUCAACCCUCAGCCACUCAGCCCUCAGCCAUUCAGCCCUCAGCCACUCAGCCCUCAGCCACUCAACCCCCAGCCACUCAGCCUCAGCCACUGAGCCCUCAGCCACACAGCCCCCAGCCACUCAACCCAAAGCCUCUCAGCCCUCAGCCACUCAGCCCUCAGCCACUCAGCCCUCAGCCACUCAACCCUCAGCCACUCAGCCCUCAGCCACUCACUGUUCUACGGCUGUCAAAGUGGCCCUGCGGGGCUUGUUACGCUGCGUCGAGGGUGACAGGAGAGUCGGGUAA